UAUACCCUUCUUGGAGAACACAAGCAUUCAUCAACCAAGGUGUUGAGAGCUCAUUCACAAGCUUCAAGAAGACCCUCCAAGUCCAGAGAUAGAAGGAAAACUUUUGAAAGAUAACAAAAUGAAGGGAUCACUUGUUCAUGAGCUGGCUAAUGGAAUUUCUGUCACCUCAGCAUUCCAUGUUGGGAAGUCAUCAAAGAGAUAUUUGCCUGAUUCUUGUGGCAAAUACAGCAAAUCUAUCACCAAAUCAAAACAAAGUAGAACACCCUUUCAUCACAAAUCCGGAUUCUUACAACGAGUUCGAGAGCAUGUGAAUCUUGGGCCAAAGAUAACAGACACGGUGAAAGGGAAAUUGAGUAUGGGAGCAAAAAUUCUUCAGGUUGGUGGAGUAGAGAAAGUGUUUAUGCAACUGUUUAGUGUUGGAGAAGGAGAGAAGCUGUUGAAAGCAUCACAAUGCUACUUAUCAACCACAUCUGGUCCUAUAGCUGGCCUUCUCUUCAUAUCCACUCAUAAAGUUGCUUUUUGCAGUGAUAGAUCCAUCAAAAUCUCUUCCACAAACGGAGAAGAUGUUAGAGUUCGUUAUAAGGUCUCGAUUCCCCUUACAAAGAUAAAGUGUGUCAACAAAAGUCAGAAUGAGGAGAAGCCUUCACAAAAGUACAUAGAAAUAGUUACUGUGGAUGAUUUCGAUUUCUGGUUCAUGGGGUUCUUUAAUUAUCAAAAGGCAUUCAGAUGUCUUCAGAAUGUUGUCUCUCAAGCUUAGAGGGAAAAACUGUACAAGUAAAAAUGUUUGUCCCCUCUGCUUCAUCACUAAUUUGUGAAGUUGCUAAGGUCCCAAAAUGUACAAAUAUUUUACAUGAUUUUGUUAAUGAUAACAAUAAUAACUCUUUGUUUUUUUAAA